AUGGAGAGUUGUGCCUUUCCGAAGUACAACAACAAUGAUAUUUUUCUGCACCUCAGUAACUCCUUGCUGACAGGAGGCGAGGCCAGAAGCUUUUCCAAAAGCGAUUGAUUUCCAAAUGUCAAGCCCAAAGUGCUGCAAGUCAUCUUCAUGAAAGCCUUGCAAAUCGUCUAUGGAAUCCGCCUGGAACACUUUUACAUGAUGCCAGUUGCCUUUGAUACUGCGUAUCCUCAGAUUUUUGAAGUCUUCCUACCCAUUGGCAAUCUGUUUAUUCACGUGGAGCAGUUUUUCCCGAUCUGCCGUGUCAAUGACUUCCAGAUUGCUGAUCUCACAAACCCAAAACCCAAGAGCAUGGCUCAUUUCUUGAGUGGUAUUAUUAACUUCCUUUUAUUCCGUGACUCCCGCCGUGAGGUCUACCUGGAAAUCCAGAGUAUGCAUAAAUUGGCUGUGGAAAAAGUGCAGCAGCUUCAGAUGUCUAUCCAGAAGGCGACGUUGAAGCUGGAAAAACUUGAAACAUCUCUCUUGUCCCAAAAGCGCUUUGCAAGAAGUGAUCGGCCAAAAGAGAACGAAUUACACUUACUAGCUUUUGGUUUUUUUCUGUAUCUCGGCAGGGAAUUGAUGGUAGCCUUUGGAAUAACCUCACAAGAAGUUAUUCAGAAGUAUGAAGCCUACAGAGACCCGGUGGAGAUGAUGCCAUCCUGCCAGGUGGAGAUUCAGAUGUAUCAGGAGAAAAUGUAAACCCAGGGAGCAAAUGUGGAUAAGCAGGCGACUAUUCUGGCAGAGAUCCGAGCCCUGGAGCACCAGGUUGAGAGCAGCACAAGUGGAUUCAGGAGUUCCAAGACGGAAGAGAUGUCCUUGAAGAGGCUGGUUACUACCAAACGGGAAAAGCUCAUCACUACCAAAGAAUCAAAGAAGAUACGUAAGGAUACGGAGCAGCGCAAGCAGGCGAUAACAGAGGACUGCAACACGCUUCAGGAGAAAAGAGGGGUUGUUUGUGAGAAGCUGACUGCUGUUCACACGGAAGUCAAGCAACUCAACGCGACGAUGCAGCAGAUGAACGACAGCGUUGCAAGGGAGAAAGCGAAAGCAUGGGAGAUCUAUCUUAACAUGAGGGUUGGCUUGGAGAAGUACCACGAAAACCUUGCGAAAACAGUGGACAGCUACACAUCUGCAAGAGAAGGCAAAAUUCUGGAGUUGUAGACCCUUUUGAGUUCAUCACUCUGUUCUUAA